AUGGUUAGCCACCCCGGCGGACCCCAGGAGGUCCUACGACAGCAGGACGAGCCUCCAAGCCAGCAAGCGAACUUCACAAGCGAGCCCGAAAAGAUGUCAGAACAAGAACGGCCGACAACAUCCUAUUUCGCCCUACCCGGGAAGCAGGGCGUUGAAGACCACGUCACUCCCGACUCACCUAUUGACGUUGCGAAGGGUGCACGGUCAAAGCAUGAGAUCCUGCGGCGACUCAGCCUGGUUGAUUCCAAGGGCGCCGAGGCCCUCGAGGUCGACCCGCGAACAGCAUAUCCCGGUCUUCGCUUGAGCGGAAAUGUCAUCAGCGCAACUUUCUGCAUCCCCUACCAAGUGACUCAUGGCGGUAAUGGGGACUGGACCCUCUCGAACCGCCGUGGAACGUCUGCUCUCUUCGACUCCUUCGCCCAUCUGUCAUCCGAAAGGACGCCUUGGAAUCACACUCUGGUGGGUUGGACAGGAGAGAUUCGUACCGAGCAACAGGAAAAGGCCAUCAGUAUACUACAGGCCGACGCAGCAAAGGCAAUGGCUGCUGCCCAACUUCCUCAUCCUCUCAACAAGUAUGCCGCCCCGUACCCGGUCAACGGAGCCUCACCGGCUCCUCACGUUCCGCAUCCUGAUCAUCUUAGCCUAACACGGGCCGACCGUAGCCGUCUCGAGAAGAUUCUGUCGCAACAUCCAGACGGACAAGUGCUUCCUGUGUGGCUGCCAGAGAACCAAGGAGAUGAGGGAGGCGAGUUCAUCUUCAAAGAUCAAAGCCGAUGGCGCAAGUACGCCGAACACGAGCUUUACACUCUGUUCCACUAUAGACAACAUGGUCCGGACGAUGGCCGCGCAGAGAAGACUUCAUGGAACGACUAUGUGCGGAUGAACCAAGGCUUUGCUGAUCGGAUUUUGCAGAUCUAUCAACCAGGGGACAUCAUUUGGAUCCACGACUACCACCUGAUGAUGCUGCCCAGCAUGCUACGUCAACGAAUACCCAACAUCUACAUCGGCUUCUUCCUGCACAUCCCAUUCCCUAGUAGCGAAUACAUGCGCUGUCUGCCCAGGAGAAAGGACAUCCUGACGGGCGCGCUUGGUGCAACGAUGAUCGGUUUUCAAUCCUACAGUUUUUCUCGGCACUUCAACUCGUGCUGCAAGAGAAUAUUGGGCUUCGAAUCAAGCUCUGCAGGCGUGGACGCAUAUGGAGCACACGUCGCUGUGGAUGUUUUUCCCAUCGGCAUUGAUGUGGCCACGGUGCAGAAGCAGGCAUUCGGAGACCCGGUCAUAGAAAAGAACAUGAAGGCGCUGAAGAAAAUGUACGCUGGCAAAAAGAUCAUUGUUGGACGCGACAGGCUGGACACGGUCAGGGGCGUGGCCCAGAAACUCAUGGCUUUUGAGAUGUUUUUGGAGAGGUACCCCGCGUGGCGCGACAAAGUGGUUCUGAUCCAGGUGACCAGUCCGACUAGCGUUUUGGAGGACAAGGUGGACGGCGCACACAAGAUUGAGCACAAGAUUUCAAAUCUGGUGUCACGGAUCAACGGGGAGUACGGAUCCCUGAGCCACUCUCCGGUCCAACACUAUCCGCAGUACUUGUCUUCUCAGGAAUACUUCGCCCUGCUCAGAGUAGCCGACGUCGGACUUAUCACUAGCGUCAGAGACGGGAUGAACACGACCAGCUUGGAGUAUGUCAUCUGCCAGAAGAACAACCACGGGCCACUAAUUUUAUCGGAAUUCUCCGGCACUGCUGCCAGUCUGGGCAAUGCUAUACACAUCAAUCCGUGGGAUCUAGGUGGUGUGGCAGACGCUUUAAAGAAAGCCCUGGAAAUGCCGGCCGCCCAGAAGCAAGCCGACCAUGAAAAGCUCUACAGCUAUGUGACAACCCAUACUGUAGCGACCUGGUCGAACAGCUUUCUCAAGAGAUUGCUCACCAACCUUACGUCCUUCAGUCAGUCAGACCUCACCCCGGCGCUCGAUCGCAACGCCAUGAUUCGGCAAUACCACAACGCCAAGAAGCGACUCUUCAUGUUCGAUUACGACGGCACGCUCACGCCCAUUGUGAAAGAUCCGAAUGCAGCUAUCCCCUCCGACAAAGUCAUCCGCGCACUGAAAGCCCUAGCGGCCGAUCCCCGGAACCACGUCUGGAUUAUUAGCGGCCGUGACGCUAACUUCUUGCAAAGCUUCUUUGGACACAUUGACGAGUUGGGUCUCAGCGCCGAACAUGGCUGCUUUUUGCGGCGUCCAGGGUCAGAGACUUGGACCAACCUGACCGAGAAAAUGGACAUGGCAUGGCAAAAGGAAGUUAUGGAUGUGUUCAGCCACUACACAGAACGGACCCAAGGGUCGUGGAUCGAGCGCAAGCGUGUGGCACUCACCUGGCAUUAUCGACAAGCAGAUCCAGACUUCGGUUCUUUUCAGGCAAAAGAGUGUAGGAAGGAGCUGGAGGAGAAGGUGAUGAGGAACUGGGAGGUUGAGGUGAUGAGCGGCAAGGCCAAUCUGGAGGUUAGACCGCAAUUUGUCAACAAGGGGUAUAUUGCAACGAGGUUGAUCAACGAGUAUGGCUAUUCCAAGGGCGAGCCGCCAGAGUUUGUACUCUGCUUGGGUGACGAUCAGACCGAUGAAGAUAUGUUCCGCGCCCUUCUCAAAACCGAUUUGCCGAAAGAACACGUCUUUGCGUGUACAGUCGGUGCGAGUAGCAAGCGAACACUGGCGACAUGGCAUCUCCUCGAGCCAAGCGACGUCAUCGCAAGUAUUAACGCCCUCAACAAGUCCGAGAACCUGUGA